AUGUGGAUACGAUGCCUCCUGGGACUGUUGAUUUUGAACAGUGUUGGUAAAGUCCAGGGUCAAGUACCAGCCGCUGGAACUCCUGCUGGCACAUCACAGUUAACUGGGAUUCCAAAUAUCAUAAAUCAACAACUAGUGUCUCCCUAUAGAUGUCCCGAAGGAUGGCUGAAACGGAACAAACGGUGUUAUUUCUUCAGUGAGACGAAGGCGAGUUGGUACGGAGCCGAGGCACAAUGCAGAAUAAUGGGAGGCUACCUUUCCAUACCUGACACUGAGGAGGAGAAUAAUUUUCUAAAGGAACGAUCACUCUCCGAGAGGACAAGAAUCCAAGGAGGAUUGCAGCAUAUAUCAGAUUUUUCAAGAUGGAUUGGACUUCGUUCACUGGAUGGUGCUACUGUCACAAAGAUCAUCACUAACGAUACUCCGACUUUCACAAACUUUCGCCCUACGGAACCUAACAAUUUAGUAAAUAAUAUGUGUAUCAAGUUGGAUGAUGAUUUUAACUUUACUUGGGCGGCACAGCAAUGCUUUCGAACGUUGUUCUACAUAUGUGAGCGGCAAUUGGCCGUGUAUAGCAGUGUUAUACGUAGACAGAACCCAGAGACAUUGGACAAUGUGCUUCAUGCGACAUUCUCAGAACAGCAGGUUUAG